AUGGAAGCUCAAGGCAAUGUCACACAAUUCAUUCUCUUUGGACUUUCCUAUGACAAAAAUAUACAGAUAUUUUGUUUCAUUCUUUUUUUAUUCUGUUAUAUUAGUCUAAUUUUUGGAAACCUCAUAAUCCUCAUCUCUAUUCAUUUUACUCAUCUUUUCCAUCAACCAAUGUACUAUUUCCUUAGUCACUUAUCUUCUAUGGACAUCUACUAUACUUCCAGUGUUACACCAAAAUUAAUUGCAGAUUUGUUAACUGAGAGAAAAACCAUUUCCUAUGGUUUCUGUAUGUUCCAAAUCUUCUCUAUGCAUUUCUUUGGCAGUAUCGAGGUCUUCAUCCUGACCGCAAUGGCCUUUGACCGCUAUGUUGCCAUCUGUAAACCUCUCCAUUACAUGGUCAUCAUGAGCAGGAAGAAGUGCAACCUUCUUGUUUUAGCUGCCUGGGCAGGUGGGGCUGUUCACUCCUUUCCUCAGUUUUCCAUGACUCUUAAGUUACCCUUCUGUGGCCCCAAUGAAAUCGAUCACUAUUUCUGUGACAUCUUCCCCUUACUGAAAAUUGCCUGCACAGACACCUACAACACUGGUGUUCUUGUUGUCCUCAGCUCAGGACUAAUUGCUUCUGGGAUCUUUGUAAUAUUAUUUGUUUCUUAUGCCCUUAUAUUAUGGACCCUACGCACACAUUCAGCUGAAGGGAGGCGGAAAGCUCUCUCUACCUGUGGGUCUCAUGUCACGGUUGUCAUUUUGUUUUUUGUCCCUGCAAUUUUUUCCUACCUUCGCCCUCCCACCACCUACCCUGAGGAUAAAGUGUUUGCUCUAUUUUAUACUAUCAUUGCUCCAAUGUUCAACCCUCUGAUCUACACUCUGAGAAAUACUGAGAUGAAAAAUGCCAUGAGAAAGGUAUGGUGUCAAAAGUUGUUUCUUUUUAAAAAAUCUCUAUAUUUUAUUGUAUUUUGCUGA